CUCACUUUCACCUGAAUGUGCUGCGCCUUUUCCAUGCCUGUCUUUGCCCCUCGCCAUUUCCUUCAAUCUUCUCUUGGUCCUGCAGUCCACUUCUGUCAAGAACUUCAAUCUUUUUAUUUUUCGUGUUAACUUCCUACUUACCUUGUCGAAUUCUUCUGAAAACAACUCAUCCCACUGCCACUGCAAAUCCUUUAUCUAAACCCCUUACAUUCUUUAAAACAGUCAUCUUCCGCAGUCUUUCUCUACUGACAUAUGAAGCUUCUCGCGGGACUUCAAGAGAUGACCCCUUUCAUUUGAAAUCAAGUCUCAAUCUUCGCUAGGUUCACUGUGCCAGAUUGUGCCAGUUCAAGACUGUGCUAUCCAGUCCCUUUCACUUUCAGCUACAAAAGCUACAACAGACGUCUUUCUUACUCUUUCUCUUCCCUUUCUCUCUGAGCUAUGGCCGAAACAACCGGCUCAAGCACUGGUGCGAAUCUCGCACCUGAUUUAAGGCGCAGGACGAUUGCACGUGGGGGGAAGCCGAAUGUUACAUCAGAUCAAAAUCACAAUGCUGAGAUGGAAGUGAAAUACAAGCCUCGACCGGAUUCUGACAUAGCCUACUGGGAGCCUAUCAUCGCACCGUUGCUGCUCACAGUAAUGUCUAUUUUCACUCGCAUGUAUCGCAUUGGACGUUCGAACAUUGUCACAUGGGAUGAAGCGCAUUUUGGCAAAUUUGGGUCCCAUUAUCUGAAGCGCGAAUUCUACUUCGAUGUUCACCCCCCGUUAGGCAAGAUGCUGGUCGGACUAUCCGGGUAUCUGGCUGGCUAUAACGGCUCCUUCGAGUUUAAGUCCGGAGAACAAUACCCUCAGGAUGUCAAUUACACCUUCAUGCGUGUAUUCAAUGCUGCCUUUGGUGCAGCUUGCGUCCCUUUGGCAUAUUUUACCGCUCGCGAGCUCGGUUUUCGCCGAGCCACUGUGUGGCUUAUCAGCUUGAUGGUACUAUUUGAGAACUCGUAUGCGACAAUCUCGAGGUUCAUUCUACUCGAUUCUAUGCUACUAUGUUUCACUUUCACAACCACUCUAUGCUGGGCGAAGUUCCAUCGAUUGCAGACGAAUAGUUUUUCCCUCGAAUGGUUCACAUGGCUUUUUCUCACCGGCGUUAGCAUUGGCUGUGUCUGCAGCGUCAAAUGGGUUGGAUUUUUUUGCACAGCGAUCGUCGGGCUGUACACAGUUGAAGACCUAUGGAACAAAUUCGGCGACGUUAAGAUGCGAAGGGCUGUGUUAGCGAACCACUUGCUGGCUCGCAUUGCAGGCUUGAUACUUCUGCCAUGUAUCGUCUACAUCCUCUCGUUCUACGCCCAUUUUUGGAUCUUGGAAAAUAGUGGCCCUGGUGACGCCCAAAUGAGUUCACUCUUCCAGGCAAAUCUUAAGGGGACUGAAGUUGGGCAGGACAGUCCUCUUGAAGUUGCUUUUGGCUCGAGGGUUACCCUGAAAAACAUGGGCUACGGUGGUGGCCUGUUGCAUUCGCAUGUUCAAACUUAUCCUGAAGGAUCUGCUCAACAGCAAGUCACAUGUUACCACCAUAAAGACGCGAACAAUGACUGGUUUAUCUACCCCAAUCGACAGGAUAUGGAGUAUGAUGCCAAUGGCCCACUGAGGUUUAUCGGCGACGGCGAUGUGGUACGCUUAAUUCAUGGGCAAACAGGCCGAAAUCUACACUCGCAUGCGAUCCCAGCGCCAGUAACUAAAGGCCACUACGAAGUAUCCUGCUAUGGCAACAUUACUAUUGGAGACGACAAAGAUCAUUGGGCAAUUGAAGUUGUUGACGAUGUCGCUUCCAAGGACAGGAGUAGAGUCCGAACCCUUACCACGGCGUUUCGCCUGAAGCACCCUGUCCUAGGUUGCUACCUGAGGGCUGGAAAUGUGAAUCUCCCACAGUGGGGCUUCAAGCAGAUUGAAACUACCUGUGUCAAGGAAAAUAAGCCCAAUGAUGUGUAUACGCACUGGAAUGUCGAGUCCCAUUACAACGAGAGACUUCCACCGGGAGAUCCUGGCUCUUACAAGUCGCCAUUCUGGAAAGACUUCAUUCAUUUGAAUGUCGCCAUGAUGACAUCCAACAACGCCCUGGUCCCUGAUCCAGACAAGCAGGACGAUCUCGCCUCAAAGUUCUGGCAGUGGCCAAUUUUGAACGUUGGUCUCCGCAUGUGUUCCUGGGAUGAUACCACUGUCAAAUACUAUCUUCUAGGAAACCCUUUCGUAUACUGGGGCAGUAGUGCCAGUCUCGCUGCCUUCGGACUUCUAGUUUUCUGGUACCUUGUGCGCUGGCAGCGAGGCUACAAUGAGCUCACACAAGCUGAAAUUGACCAUAUACAUUACUCAGGAUUAUAUCCGGUUGUGGGGUGGAUCCUGCAUUACUUACCUUUCGUGGUUAUGGCACGGGUGACCUAUGUUCAUCAUUACUAUCCGGCUCUGUAUUACGCCAUACUUACAUUUGGGUUCUGUGUCGAUUGGUUCACUCGGACGGCCAGUGAUAAGUUACGCGUGGUAUUAUAUACAGUGUUGUAUAUUGUGAUAUUCGGGUUGUUCUUAUACUUCCGUGUUGUGGUAUUUGGUAUUGAGGGCCCAAGCCAGAAUUGGAAGCAUCUAAACUGGCUGAGUGGGUGGAAAAUUGGUAAUUGAGGUUCAAUCUUCCCAUCACACCAAAAUGUCGACCUUCUUCCUAGGACCUACUGGCCUGCUCCAUUGCUCCAUCAUUUUUUGAUUUAACAUGUCCACUAGGGCGCCUGCUCAUUUACUUGAGCAACCGAAUCUAUGUUGUAUUUCAACCACAAUUCAUGGGAGAAGCCUCCUUCCGUCUCAGAUCUCUUGGAGACAUCCUUGAGCAAUCUGUUCUUUUAUUUGUGGAUGUAGUUUGCCAGACAUGUAGAAUACGUGG